AUCAUGUAUCGGCCACUCCUUUGCCCCUCCUAGUGCUUACUUCCUUGGUCCAACGUCGGUGCUGAUUCCCUAUGAUAAUCACGGCUUUCACUUAAAUGAAGCUGGGCAAAGCACACUCUCUCCAUUGCUUGCGUGUGAAAUAUUGUCAGGGUCGCUAGAGCUCUUCAUAAUUCUUCAAAUCAGCAUGAAGAUCUCUAAUGAUAUCAAACUCGACCCUCUGUCUACCUCACGAUCCAUUCGACUUGUAGUGCUUCAAAAGAGCGUGAAGAAUAACUCCGUUCGAGAACCUCUCAGUUGUCGACUUGUCGAAGCAAACGUGGACCGGCCGCCCUCAUACGCUGCGCUAUCUUAUACCUGGGGCGGAGAAGAGCCGUGCGAACCGCUCACAAUACGAACUUCUGGGUCUUCCACGAAACAGGUACUGAUAACUCCUAAUUGUGCUACCGCACUGAGGCUGUUACGUCGAUCCCUUCACCGCAAGACGAAAAAUCAUCGUAGCUUGAGUGUCUGGAUAGACGCCAUCUGUAUCGACCAAGCGUCCGACGACGAACGCAAUGCUCAAGUGGCCAUGAUGGCCGAGAUCUACCAGCGCGCAAAAACCGUCGUUGUCUGGCUCGGGGAAGACCAUGCACCGGCAACUUGGCGUAGUCUGGCAUGCUCGAAGCCUCUGGCCUUGUUUCCACGUCUGGGGUAUGAUCGCGGUCGCAAUGAAGGUGUAAAGAGCUUGGCUGCCAGAGUCGCUCUCAAAGUUUGCAACAGUGACACGCUACAUCACUUGAGACUAUCACCCUACUGGACACGGGUAUGGACACUCCAAGAAUUCGCCCACAAGAACUCCGCUGUCCUCUGCCGAGACUCCCGACUCUUUGUCUUCUCAAGUCUUGCCCGCCUCCUGGCAGUGGCACCAAAAGACGAGAGCGUACUAAGUCAGCAGGGCAUGGACUUACAUGUCGACCUCUACGAAUGGAAAGCAAUGGCAACAACACGUCCGUUCCGCGCAGCAACGAACCAACUACGUCGCGUCCUCACAAUGCAAGCCUCAGAGCCGCGAGACAAGAUCUUUGCGCUGCGGGCGCUGUCUCCAGGCGUACUCGGCAAGAUGACGGUGGACUACCGGAAGCCCGUCGGAGAGGUUUUCCGGGACGCAACGAGACUCAUGGUCGAAGAGGAGGACAGUUUGCCGGUGCUGUACUUUUCGAAUCGGAAGAAGACAACGGCUGGUGUUGCGUGGGAGACCAUGCCGUCGUGGACUGUUGACUUUGCGACUGCGGACUCUGAGGUGAGGGGGUCGUAUAAGUACUACUACACCAGUCUCUGUGCGGCUUCUGGCGGGGCCAAGUCGUAUUUCGCGUUUUCUGGAGACGGGAAGAAGCUUACCCUUCGAGGGGUUCGUGUAGGAAAAGUAGGGAAUUUCGUGAGCGACAUAUUCCCGACCAAGAGCCAGUGUUCCGAGGGGAGAUGUGAUGUCGACGACAAGAAGAUGGUGGAUAAAGAUGAAGGGUGUAAGGUGCAGUCCCCAUUGCCACACGACUGCGGAAGCCCGUAUCUAGAUGUACUCGGCCGUUUCAUGACGAGCGUUACGAGCAGAAUUUGGGCAGGGCCGAAGCUCGACGCAAUGGGCCGCAGUCUCUACGAGCUGUUAUUGUGGAUUAUCCAAGGGCCAAAGAAGUAUGGAUGGUCGGCAAACAUGUCAUCAACAUCGACAUCAUCCUCGUCUUCGUUUUCCAACAAGGCGGUACGAGGUAUGUCAGUCAUCUCAUCACUCGUCAAGUGGGACUCGCUGCGCGGGUGCCAGUGCCGAGUCGAACUCCGGCUAGGGCGGUUGUUCUACACUCUUGAUAGGAGAGCUGGGUUUGGAGUCGUUGGUGUUCGUGAGGGCGACACCGUGUGUCUUCUCGCUGGGAUGGAUCAUCCAUUCAUCUUGCGGCCUUGUAAAUUCGAGGUCGGGAGGUAUACGAUAGUAGGGCCAACAGUGUUUGCUGGUGCGAUGGGUGGUGAGAUGUGGCCGACUGAUGAGGAUGAGCUCGAGUACUUUGAGAUUGUGUAAGAUGUGGUGUAAGAAAUUGUGCAAAAGCGUAUGAGAGGCUGUGAAGCAUUCUCUCAAAAUAUUCCCAGAUGGCACAGGAACGUCUGUUUAAUGUUAGGCAUUAUUGUUUGA